UUCCGAAUGACCCAUUUUUGCCGGUGGUGGUACUGCCGUCGGUUUUUGUGUUUAUUAUUUGCGAUUUCCGCUCUGCCUACAGACGAUCGUAGCGUGUUUUCGCGGUACUUAUCUACUUCUGACCUCGAUCAUGCGAUGUGCAGCGUGAAGCUAAGUGUAGCUCUAGUCCCUUCCCUUUUUGGGUUCGACAAGAAAUUGCCUUUCGU